UCUGCUUCCCAAAGACACCAGGUACUAGCUAUCAUUUGACACUUUGAAUAGGUCAAGUUCUUAUUUAAGUAUUAAGUGCUGCCACCUCUACCUUUUCUGUGCAAGAGCACACCUACAAUCUACCAAAUAAACUACUGAGCUCAACUCAGUAGAUCUGUCAGAAUAACACAUGGGCAAUACGGUGCUGCCCUUUCUAAAAAGGCAUCUUCAGAACUAGUAUGUAUCUGGUAAGGAGCUGUUAUCUCUGUUUGUCGUUGUUGUUUUAGUACCUCCAGGAGGAUAUUGCAAAAUGAGGUCUGUGCUAUUGGACCAACGCCUCAUAUCCUUUUAAAUAUAUAGGUUCUCAUAAACUUUAGACACAGAGAAGUCAGUUCGUCUGGCUGCUGGGUUGCAUCUAGUUUAUCAGGGCAGCUGGAAGCACAUGCAGCCCAAAUUAACUUACCCAUCUUCUGCAUCAACCCACAUGUGGCCACCACCUCUACUCAGCUCUUCAAGGUACAGACAUUCUGAUCUGGGACAUGACAACCUCACAAGCCCCCUCUAAAAGUUCGUAUCACUCAUGGGUCCUGCUUUGUGACAGCAGAAAGACCACAUGACACUCUGCCCUUGCAUUCACAAAACCUGAGCAACUUAGUUAAAACAGUUGACAUGCCUGGCUUCCACAGAAACCCGUCCUAACCUGCACAAGGAAAUUGCAGCUUAAUUAAAAUUUUUCAAAAACUGAUGCUGUAAAAUUAAUGCUAACUCCGUGGGAGGAAAGAGAUCAUUUUACUGGAGAGUGCUUUCUGUAUUUACAACUGAAGUAGGUAGGAAUACAUUUAAGUUAAAGCAAUAUACAAUGGACUUCAAGUGAUAUGUGUCCAUAAAAAGACAUUUGUAUCAAGAUAAUGAAGCAGCGCAAGAUUUGUAUGUAGACAAGACUGAGAAGAAAAUGUAAACAUAUUACACUUGGGGAAUAGAGUGGACACGCCUUGUUUUGCCUUGCACUCCUGUCAACAUCACCUACAGUGCUUCCAGGGCUUUUUUCACUGCAGUCUCAAAGUUUUAUUGAUCCCCUUUUCCUCUCUCACACACCUUCAGUUACCCUCUUGUUGGCAAGUUACAACUCUUUGUGUCACCAAAACACCUCAUUUGGUGUAACUCGAAAAUGACACCUUCACCUAGUUCUGCUAGGUUAAAAGCCUUCUCUUCAGGACAGCUACAAGCUCAUAUCCCAGACUUUCCCCACAUUUCUUCGCUUAUAAUGGUACUCCUUCCUUUGGCCUCAGAACCACACUCACUGCGACUUCCUGUGAAGCCAAAACAUAUCAUUUCAAUCUCCUUGUGCCGUGGCAGUGUCAGAAUGUGGUUGCUGCUCCUUGGAUGUCCACCUUUCUGCACAAGGUCGCACACGGAGACUCAGCAAAAGGAUAAAAAAAGAUCAUAAAUUGUUUUAACCCACUCUGCUUUCUUAGCCUGGCAUGAUAUCCCAGCUCCUGCUCUAUCUGCUUCAGUCUGACAUAUUUACUCUACAGAGUGGGAAAACUGCCUGGGAAAAGGUCCACUGUUAGUUACUGUUUUUCUUGCUCUUCUCAGUUCUUUCCCCCAGAUGCCAGCACACUCAUUCCAAGGCUGUGAUGUAGAUCCCUUGCAAUUUCAUCUUUCCCACUGGGCCCAAACCAUCACCACAGAUGUAUCAUGAGAUGCACUAGGAUCACAGGAGAUGUACGGGGACAAAGCAGUGGAAAACAAAUGUUGAAAUCUCUUAAACAUGGAAACAUUGAAACAGCAGAAAUCCUGACUUCCAACUCCUCUGAGGACUCCACAGAUAAUAUGCAAAACAAGACAGAGUCUGGCAUUACACUGGCUGGAGAAAGACACAAAUGACACUGUUAGCGGAAUUUUUAACAAAAGUCUUCCUCCAAUCCCACUGAACCAGUGGAAAACAUCCCAGUGCAAGUAGCCUCUGGCUGCUAACAUGUACUUGACACCCCAACCCCAUACUGCACACACUGCUUUCCACCUCCUGCAGACAACCCACAGUGCCCAAUGAUUGGUACUGUCAAAACAAGUGGGAGGUCCUGACCACAUUCCUGUGCUGCCAAUUAUCAUAAAUCCAUCCCUUCCACAUUCUGGACAGGCUCUCUGUUUCUCUGGGAUACACAGCAUUCCCCUGGGAUGUCGUAGUUUAAGUGCUUGGUUAACUGGAGGUGGAAAACAGAUCUGAUUUGCAUCUCACACGUAUCAAUUCUUAAAAGCACCGGACAGAGAACAUCCUUCAGAUGGUCCAGUGAGAUCAAUCAGGAAAAGCCAUCUUAUAUCUCAGUGCAAAUGACAAAAGGGAAAAAGGACAAUUUUUUAGUCCCCUCAAUUAAGGAAUUGGGCAAUUCGGAAAAUCAGUUUGUUACUUAUUAAUUAUAAAAAUUUCUGCUAGUUUUCUCUUCAAAAUUCAUACCAAAUCUCUUCAUACCAUAACAGAAAAUUUUGAUCCCUUAGCUUCAUUACAAUCAUAAUGUUUAUUCUGUUUAUUUUCUUUUUAUUGAAAGGAAGUAGGAAGAAAGAUUUUCACCUUCUCAACACUAUAAACUCUUCAGAAUACAAUACACAUUUCAAUUUGCUAAGAUACUGGUGAGGAAAUUUCACAGCAGCGAUGUUGUCGCACACAGGUUUAACUCUGCCCCCGUGUGUUCAAACAUGAAAAUAUACUCUUCAUUCCAUCAUCUCGGUUCUACGCUACUUUUGUGCAAAAGGAUACAUUACUCUGUGAUACCAAUUAAAUAACAUUUAAAUCGUGUUGCUGAUGGUCACCUUUUUUUUGUUGGCCGUGUGCCUGUGGCCUGUACCAAUAAAUUGGGAAGAAUGACAAGAAAAGUACAAGCAGUUUUCUACACAGCUUACAAGAAAGACAAUCCUCUCAAGACUGAAAAAACUGGGACCUACUUUGACUUCUCAGCUUUACUGUGCAUGUCCUGCAUGAAGUUCAGCAGCCCUAUUUGAUCAGUGCCUCAAUUCCCACUCAGACUUGUGCAUUAAACCACCUCUCGCCCAUGGGGAUGUCUGCAUUUGUAAAGAUUCUCCACGUCUCUCACCAUCCAUCUACACCUGCAGGCAGGGAUACUGGGCUCUGCCAGGUCAACUUAGGUCACCAGUGGGGCUGCAGGCUCUGGGGAAAGGGGUAGACGCUGCAUCCAGCCAAGUCUCCCAGCUAUGAGGGCAGAAGCACGCAAUGGCUCUGUGAGCAGUAUCCUGCCAUCUCUUGGAACUCCAGUUUGCUGAGUCAUGUUAGGGCAACCUCUGGGCAACUGCCACUAACUCAAACAGGCAGUAACAAAAAGGGCAAACUUCAGAAGUGUGUUGUCAAUCUCCACCAAGAUACAUGCCAGCAACUGUGCACAGGGGCAGGGCCUGCACAAGCACAGACCUGCCAGGCACAGCCAUCCUCAGCCACCCUUCUAGAAAAGAACAGAUUGGGAAGAAAAGUCCAUGGGUUGUGCUGCAGCAUGCCCGGUGUUGAGGAUAACUUUUGUGACUUUUGAUUUCAGCUUACACGCAAGUUUACUUGCGUGAACUGAGAUUAAUCCAGAGCCUUGUUACUGGACACGUGAGAACUCAAACACACAUGCUGCUCCACCAUCCUCCCCCCGCCCAGAGGCAGCACCAUCACGAUUAAAUAGGCUGGGCAGGAAGCGGCCACAGCACAGCCAGCCUGCAGCCUGAGGAGCCAUGGCGACCUACGUGCAGCUGAACACCGGAGCCAAGAUGCCCAUCCUGGGGCUGGGCACCUGGAAGUCCCCACCAGGACAAGUGACAGCUGCAGUGAUGGCUGCAAUCGAUGCUGGAUACUGACACUUCGAUGGUGCCUAUGUGUACCAGAACGAGAAGGAGGUUGGGGAUGGGAUCCAGCAGAAAAUCAAGGAAGGCGUUGUGAAACGAGAGGACCUCUUCAUUGUCAGUAAGCUGUGGUCCACAUUUCAUGAAAAACAUCUGGUGAAGGGAGCCUGCCAGAAAACUCUUGCUGAUCUAAAACUGGAUUACCUGGAUCUCUAUCUCAUCCACUGGCCUUCUGGCUUCAAGGCUGGAGAGGAUCUAUUUCCCACAGAUGACCAAGACAUGAUUAUACCCAGCAAUACCGACCUUCUACAAACAUGGGAGGCCAUGGAGGAGCUGGUAGAUGCCGGCCUGGUAAAAGCCAUUGGCAUCUCCAACUUCAACCACGAGCAGAUUGAAAGAAUCUUGAACAAGCCAGGACUGAAAUACAAGCCUGCAAACAACCAGAUUGAAUGUCAUCCAUACCUGACACAGGAGAAGCUGAUCAACUACUGUCAAUCCAAAGGGAUUGCUGUGACAGCAUAUAGUCCCUUUGGCUCUCCUGACAGGCCACGGUAAGAUUAUCUGAAUUUUUGAACUGGAGCUGGCAGGAAUUUGCCAUGAACUAUUGCCACUACAACUCCAUUAAUCAUUCAUCGUGAUACACAGAUAUCUGUUGCUACGCUGGAUGUUCCUGUGGAGGUUUCUUGCCAUUGAUGAAUGACAUUCUUUUCUUUGUUUAGGGAUAAGCUAGAGCACCCUUUACCUCUGGAUGACCCCAGGAUUAAAGAGAUUGCAGCCAAGCACAGCAAAACAGCAGCACAGGUUCUCCUUCGCUUCCAGAUCCAGAGAAAUGUGAUUGUGAUCCCCAAGUCUGUCACACCACAGCGCAUUGUGGACAACUUCAAGGUCUUUGACUUUGAAUUGACUAAAGAAGAAAUGGCAACUCUUCUCAGCUUCAAUAGAAACUGGAGGAUGGGUUUAUUAAGCCAGUAAGUGACAUCAAUUCUUUACUUUCAAGUCAUACCUUCUGAAUUAUCUCCACCGUGUGGUUUCUGUCAGAGCUACUAGGCAGCAUGAAAUUCAUUGACAAAAGUUACUAAUUCAAAUAAUAGAAGGUUUGUCCAAAAAUACUUUUGCAACAGACAGGUAAAUAUAUUCAUUUUGAAAUCAAAGGAAAGAAACAGCAGACCACACACUCAUUUUCAGUUCAGUUUCCAGGGAACUCACUAACUUCAACUACAAAAGAUGGGUUCUCACGCAUCAUUAUGUCUUUUUCCACAUUAGAAAAACUGGGAUGCAUAUCUUCACACAUUCUUCCGGCAAUUACGUAAUUCAGAUCAUAGAGUUAUAGAAUCAUAAAAUCAAAGACUCACAGAAUCAUAGACUCACAGAACAGCUCAGGUUGGAAGGGAUCUUAAAGAUCACCCUGUUCCAACACCUCCGCUAUUGGCUGGGAUGCCAGCCACUUCAUCAGGCUGCCCAGGGCCCCUUAAAAUCCCCAUUUAGCGACUCCUCUGCGUACCGAACACACCUCGAUCUAACACAUGCUUUAGCCAUUAAAAGUACUUUCUCUUUUUGAUUUCUUUCAGGGCCAGAACACACAAGGAGUACCCUUUCCAUGCAGAAUACUGAUGCUGUUUGUAACCGAGCCUUCUCUAGACCCCUGGUGUUUCAUGUGCCUCUCCCCUAGCUUUCAGAUCUGUAUCCAGCUUUCUUACUGUGUCUGUCCUGUUGCUGUCAGUGAAGUCAAAGUACAUUUACUCCAAUGCUUCCAUCCAAUUUCGUUCUUUGGAAAAUGGAAGGAGUAUUGCCCAGCAGAACAAAAUGUGGGAUGUAAUAAUUUUCUGCUUAUCAGAAGAGAGGAGAAUUACUGAAGUAUCUGGGCAGAACUACUAAGUGGAAAAUGAGGACAGUUUGAACACUUGAACCACUGUUCAGCAAGUGCCUUCAGUCUUGCAUCAGCACAAAGUAACUAUAAAGGGUGAAAACAUUACUGGCUGAAAUAUUAGUGUAGGGGUUGGGGGGGGGAACUUUUCUUUGUGAAAUUAAAUAAACUAUCUAUGAAUGUUAAACCUCUCUUCUUGGCUGAUGGCUGGUGCCUGUGGAACACACUGGUGCUUGUUCUUGCAGUUCAGCUCACACUUCUCUGCUGUGUGAGGAAAAUGAGGUUCUGAGCACCUUGGGAAAAUACAGUCUGUUCUGUGCAUGUCCCAAAGAGUGUGUGGUCAUCGGCUUUCAUGGUUAUCCUUACGAAGGAGAAUGGGAAACAUGGUUGAUUGCAAAGUACACAUUGUUUGAAAAACCUCUGCUGAAAUGAACCUGCUAGAGGACACUUGCCAGCCUGAAACUGGAUUACCUGGAUCUCUACCUCAUGCACUGACCUUUGGGGUUUGAGGAAUAGUAAUAGUAAUGCACUUGGCAGCUUUACCAUGACCUCUGCUUCUGAAGAUUUAUAUGGCUUUACUGCCCAAUAACUGCUACCGAUGACAAAGUUAAUCACGGCUUUGAUAAGUACAAGCAUUGCUCUCGACUAUGUGUGUGGGUCUGCAUGGUUUCCUUUC